CCUACUACCAUAGUGCGCCAUGAAACCUUUCCCGUUUUAGAACUGUGCUCCACACUGUUCACUAUUACAUUGUAACACACUAUUAUAAGAACCUCUAAAACUCAUUAUGAGAUUACCAAAGACCACAUUGCUUUCUUGAAAUCUAUUGUUUAACUAGCUGGUUUCUAAAAUACCUCUCUAAUACUCCAUGAUACAGAGCCGUAAAAUAAAACCACUGACGUUUAAGACUCUGUGCCUUCUCCAAAAUGAGAGUAUUAUGUAUCUAACAGUGGUGUCGUGAGGAUUAAAUGAGAUAAUGUUACGUAAAACACUAAGCACAAUGUCUGGGGCAGUAAAAGACCUCAGGAACAGUGGCUAUUCUUAUUUCAGCAAGCCCCAAACCUCUAUUUUGCAGGUGCAAAAAUUAAGCCUCAAGAGGAGAACUGAUUUCCUAAUGCUCUAAUAUCCAAGUUAUUGUCCCGGAUAAGCAGCUUAGCUGCGUGUGUUGGUUCGGGAUAUUGACAGGGCCUGGGGGCAUGUUCCUGCAGGACUCAGAUCUGCAGAGAAUUGGGCGAGUAUGUUUGAACCGUGAGGCAUUAGAGGCUAUUCGAUACCAACGGGUUUUCUCGAUAGCCAGUUGUGUGCUAACAACAUCCAUCACCAACGUUAACCCAUUCGUCUAUCUCAAAACACCCGGAAGCAGCAAGACCCUCAGAUACAGCAGGUUGUUAGGUAACCGGGGACCACGACGAGGCAAGUAAUAGGACACAGGGGUGAGCUCACAUUCUGGUUUCGUCAACUUUAAAUAGGGACGAGCACUUCACGCGAGGGCUGAAGAUGACGGGAACUAGGAACGAACUGGGUGCUAUGUCAGAGAGAAAGACCAUCAUGCAGACAUCAGAGACUGGGUCGGACACAGGUUCGACAGUGACUUUACAGACAUCUGUCGCUAGUCAAGCAGCAGUGCCUACGCAGGUGGUACAGCAAGUACCAGUACAACAACAGGUGCAGCAGGUACAGACUGUGCAGCAGGUACAGCAUGUCUAUCCAGCUCAGGUGCAGUACGUGGAAGGAAGCGACACUGUCUAUACCAAUGGAGCAAUCCGAACAACAACUUAUCCUUACACAGAAACGCAGAUGUACAGCCAAAACACUGGAGGGAAUUACUUUGAUACUCAAGGGAGUUCUGCACAGGUGACUACCGUGGUCUCAUCCCACAGUAUGGUGGGCACUGGUGGGAUUCAGAUGGGUGUCACGGGAGGACAACUCAUCAGCAGCUCUGGAGGAACCUAUCUGAUUGGCAAUUCAAUGGAGAAUUCUGGUCACUCAGUGACACAUACCACUCGGGCUUCCCCAGCGACAAUUGAAAUGGCGAUUGAGACGCUGCAAAAGUCUGACGGUCUGUCCACUCACAGAAGCUCUCUUCUCAACAGCCAUCUCCAGUGGCUGUUGGACAAUUACGAGACAGCAGAAGGAGUGAGCCUUCCCAGAAGCACUCUUUACAACCACUACCUACGACACUGUCAGGAACACAAACUGGACCCAGUCAAUGCUGCUUCUUUUGGAAAACUUAUAAGGUCAAUUUUUAUGGGGCUACGAACCAGGAGAUUGGGAACCAGAGGAAACUCCAAGUACCAUUACUAUGGGAUUCGUGUCAAGCCAGAUUCCCCUCUUAAUCGUCUGCAAGAAGACAUGCAGUAUAUGGCUAUGAGACAACAACCCAUGCAACAGAAACAAAGGUACAAGCCUAUGCAGAAAGUGGAUGGGGUUGCAGAUGGUUUCACAGGAAGUGGUCAACAGACAGGCACAUCUGUUGAGCAAACUGUAAUUGCCCAAAGUCAACAUCAUCAACAGUUUUUAGAUGCAUCUCGAGCACUUCCAGAGUUUGGAGAAGUUGAAAUCUCUUCUCUGCCAGAUGGUACUACCUUUGAGGAUAUCAAGUCACUGCAGAGUCUUUAUCGAGAGCACUGUGAGGCAAUAUUGGACGUUGUUGUGAAUCUUCAAUUUAGCCUGAUAGAAAAAUUGUGGCAAACAUUCUGGCGCUAUUCUCCCUCUACUCCAACUGAUGGCACUACCAUUACUGAAUCAAGCAAUCUGAGUGAAAUAGAAAGUCGACUUCCGAAAGCAAAGCUGAUAACUCUGUGCAAACAUGAGUCUAUCCUGAAAUGGAUGUGUAACUGUGACCAUGGGAUGUACCAGGCUUUGGUGGAGAUUCUCAUCCCCGACGUCCUUAGACCUAUUCCUAGUGCCUUGACCCAAGCCAUUCGAAAUUUUGCAAAAAGCCUUGAAGGUUGGCUUUCCAAUGCCAUGAACAAUAUUCCACAGAGAAUGAUACAAACCAAGGUUGCAGCUGUAAGUGCCUUUGCCCAGACUCUGCGAAGAUACACGUCGCUCAAUCACCUGGCCCAGGCAGCUCGUGCAGUGCUUCAGAACACUUCUCAGAUCAACCAGAUGCUCAAUGACCUCAACCGUGUCGACUUUGCCAAUGUCCAGGAGCAGGCUUCCUGGGUAUGUCAGUGUGAUGACAACAUGGUUCAGAGACUAGAAACAGACUUCAAGAUGACUCUUCAGCAGCAGAGCACCCUGGAGCAGUGGGCUGCAUGGCUUGACAAUGUGAUGAUGCAAGCACUGAAACCCUACGAAGGAAGACCCAGUUUUCCUAAAGCUGCCAGGCAGUUUCUGCUAAAAUGGUCUUUCUACAGCUCAAUGGUUAUUCGGGACUUAACCCUACGCAGUGCUGCUAGCUUUGGCUCCUUCCACCUGAUCCGUCUGCUCUACGACGAGUAUAUGUUCUACUUAGUAGAACAUCGUGUUGCUCAGGCAACAGGAGAGACACCCAUAGCGGUCAUGGGUGAGUUUGGUGAUUUAAAUGCUGUGUCUCCUGGAAAUCUGGAUAAAGAUGAAGGCAGUGAAGUGGAGAGUGAAAUGGAUGAGGAAUUAGAUGACUCUUCAGAACCUCAAGCCAAAAGAGAGAAAACCGAGCUGAACCAGGCGUUUCCGGUAGGCUGUAUGCAGCCUGUUCUCGAGAGUGGCGUGCAGCCAAGCCUCCUGAAUCCAAUUCACAGCGAGCACAUCGUCACGAGUACUCAGACUAUCAGACAGUGCAGCGCUACAGGAAAUACCUACACUGCAGUCUAAAGAAUAUUAAAGCGUAUUUUUCCAGCUAACAUUAACCCUGUUGAUAUUGGGCUUAAGUUGAAAUUUUAAUAAGCCUGAAGGUCAACUGUUGUCAAAUUCUCUGUGCUGAACAUUACCUUUUUGGAGUUGUGAAAUGGAAUGGGUGUAUGUAUUUUGCCAGGUCUUUUU